UGAUCAUCCUUCCCCCGGCAAAGGGUAGCGUUUGGUUCUGGGGUUUAAUGGCCAUGAGGGUUUUGUCUGCCAGUAACUGAGGCUUUUGGUUUUCUUUUGGUGUCUCUCUGCAGCUAGCCCUCCAUCCAUUCCAUUUCCAUUGCAAUUGCCUUCCGGGGUGCAUUGUACCGAACUAUGAUAUCUGAGUCGUGCGACCGCUUGCCCCCGAGACUACUAUCUACUAUCUCCAUAUAAUCAAGACCCUUGCACUCCAACAUGCCCUUAAUGAUGGACGAUAGUAUCAAUGUCGACGAUCUGUUCGGUGAGCCCUCCUCCUUGGAGUUGGACCUGCCACCAUCUGCUUCCACCACCAAGGGCCUUGCUCAGCGUCUGGAUGAAAUGAGACUGCUGGGAUGUUGCCAAAAGAUCGCAUGGUCAAAGCUGGGGUGUAUUGCUUACAUAUCGCAAGACACCAUGAGAGUGAAUGUGCGCCAUCUGCAAUGUCGACCUUCGGAUGGCAAAUGGGUACUCAGCGAUGAGACUCCAUUGAUGCCAGUUGCCGAAGCUCAUGGUGGGCAUGGCCUAGCUCAUUUGAGCUGGAAUGAAGCUGGCUCCGACCUGGCAGUGGUUGAUCUGUCUGGUCGCAUCUCAAUAUAUCACAUUCCAUUCGCCCUUAACAGUAUCAACGGGCUCCGACAGCCCGCUUUUGUCCCUGAUGAUGGGUCUCAAGUUGUUGGCAUGAUGUGGCUCAAUACCCAACGCUCUGUACAUGCUUUCUACCAGGCAGCCAAAGUACAAGGUCGCUGGGCGUAUUCGCCAUUUCGACGCCGGCCAAUAGGCCCGUUUCACCCAGUAAACAAGGCAGCUUUACUCUGUAUCACACGGUCCGGAUCCAUGAGGCUUUUGUACCAGAACCCGGACGGCAGAUGGGACGACAUAUCUACCGAUCUGAAAAGCACGAGUUACUCAGAUCGGUUGCUGUCACAUGCGGCUCUAGUUGCGACCCAGAACGGAAUUCUUGUCGCUACUUAUUCGCUGUGUCAAAAGAUUCGCUUCUAUCGGGUACAAAUCAACUGGAACCCUCCCCAGUGGGAUCCUGCGCAGCAGCCAAAGCAGAUGCCGAAUCACUUUCCGGUUCCUAGCUUCCGUUUCACACACUCCAAGGUCGAGACGUCUUUUACUGUCCCAGGCACGCAACGCAAUGACGGGGAGAUGACAGACCUGCAAUCGGCCUCGAACCCUUUAUAUAGUCUCAGCUGCCUGGACAUCAUUCUCCCAGCCUCAGACAACUCCGUAGGAUCCACGGCGAACCCGUGGAUUGUUGCUGUUUUCUCAACCCCACCCCAGGUUACUCCAGAUCAUCCUGGUCAACAAGGACCAGCAAGUGUUAUUGUCCGAUGGCAACUCGACACUGCCCCCUUCACUCUUCACCCGAAGUUCGAUGAAAUAACAUCUAAAAGGAACAGUAUCCAGACCAAGCCUAGACCUGUGCUGCGUCGACUGGAAGACAUCACUUCCGAUCGAUAUGUCAUCUCGGUGGACCAGAUUGAGUACGGCAAUGUGCUUGCUGUUACAUAUGAUGAUAGCUCCGUUUCCUUCUAUGACCCGAAAGCUAUGGCGGUGUUCAAUGGAGUUGAUGAUGCAAACACGGUGACCAGCCUAGCUCAAGCAGGGUUUCACUAUGCCCCCGAUACCUCAGGCCAACACAUUAGUUUCUCACCGAGUGCAUGUGCUGCGGUCAUGCUGGAUAGUGACGGCCAGACGCACCUCAGGGUUAUGGAGCAUUCUUACGGAGCUGAAAAUGGUCUCUACGAUGAAAAUAAAUUUUCUGCGGCCAUUGCAUCACUUACAUUGGCGUUUUGUCGCGGAUGUGGCAGCGAGGUCAAUACAGAUGAUAUAUUAUUAAUUCUAAUACAGCAACUCACGCCGGAUGCCCAAAUCACGUUCAUCAACGAAGUUUACCGCGCGCUGCCUAUCAACUGCAACUUCACAGUCGAGCAGGAUAAGCUGAUGAACCACCCCUACAUACCCAAGUGUCUCAGUAUACAAGCUGCGUUGGGCUUUAACAACAAGUAUAAACCACGAAGCUUUGCUUCUUCCGUCUCCUGGUCGAUCCUUCAGCUGCGCCAUGCUUCAAUACUAUACCCAUUCUUCUUCCAGUACAACAAAGGGAUUCAGGCAGAGCCACAUGACCCUGAUGUCCUUCGCAUGGUGCUCGGAAACACCAAGUGGGCACUUGACUUUUCGCUCUAUAUAUUGAAUGAGCUUUUUGAUCUUGCCGAUGAAUUCGAAAAUCUAUCCGCCGACCAAGAAGCUUUUAGCCAGAAAUUAAAAACCACGAACUCGGUGGCUCUUAUAAUCCUCCUGUCAAGCAUGUCCCGUGCAUUCUUGCGCUUCAUUUGCCGUGGCUUGCGAGGUAUUUACGCAGGAUACAACGCACCUCUGACAGGAGACUCUCGUUUACAGUAUGCAGAGAUCUGCCAAGCCCUGGAUACAUGUCCUAUGCGGAUCGACGUGUACGAAAAGUUUCUUGCUGGAGUGGAUUCUGCCGUACGACACGCAUACCAUGGCGCCGGGUUCGGUGACGCCGAACGCCCUGGGCCCGAGAAAGAGCUGCUGGUCAACGCCCGCAUUCCGCCUGUUCUUGUCACAGCAGUAUCCACCAUCCUGCGGCAGACUGUACCGGGUAUUAAAUCGGACGUUGACCGCAUGGCCAUCUACAUGGGUGACUACGGAUGGCUUGGGUUCGGGACCGACCGACGCUCGGAGUGGUACCGGAGGACACGAGAAGUGGAUAUCAUCAAGAAAACUCCGAUCAGGAUGACAGUCACCCAGGGCUCGAAUGGGCCCCAGGUCGGAAAAUCAAACAAUCAGGGGCUACUUCGACGGCGGUGUGUCCGCUGCUGCGACGUGUCCGAGGGUACGUACCCGCCACGCUCAGUGCUUGCAUUCCGCAUGAUAUUCAAAUUGGGACAUUUGCGAUCGUGCAUCUGUGGGGGGAUGUGGACGGUGGAGUCGGGCUCGAACGAGGGGACAAAAUGAGGGUAGGGUUCGAGAACUUCGGCCCUGGUGGUCGUUGGUUUGAGUUGUGUUGAUACCAGAUGGUAGAUAGAUAUGGUUCCGGCAUGUUUUGGAUAGCGUAGAAUUACAAUGAACGGAUAUUACG